AUGGAGGAGAUUACGACGGGGCGGUUGACGGCAUCUAUAGGCUGUCUCAUUGCCGCGCUAUAUCACUUUGAGGCUAGCCAACUGGAGUAUAGCCUCGUCAACGGCACCUUCGACAGCAAAGAUGACCUGAAGGAUGCAAGGACCACUGUAGGUGGACAAUCCUCCCAGUCAAAGCUUGCAGAGACUCUCCCUCCUAAUGACGAGGCCGCUGGCACUCGACGCUUCAUCGCCCCAAGGCGCGCAGCAAGCACCUCACAUGAACCAACUUCGCCUUUCUCCAUUCUGACAACGCCGUUCACUACCAUCUCACUCAUUACCUUUGUGUUCACCCAUAUUCCCGCCCUUCUUCUUUCAUCGGCUCAUCCUCUCUACGGGCUCAAUCAUCUUGCUCUCGCCGCCGCCGACAUCGGAUCAAUUGGCAGCCCAAGUAUGGAGGCUUUUAUCAAACUAUUCGCGAACAUUCCGCCCCCUUUCCUUGCUCUCGUCACAGUGCCGAGCAUCGUUUCCCUUUUGUGUUCGGCCACCUGGGUAAAAGGUGGAAGGGAGGUAUGGGAGUACGCUGAAAGGUGGAAUGUAUUAGAGAAGGAUGAGAAAACCGAAGAGGAAGACCAAGCUCUGCAUUCGGAGUGA